CUCUAUUCACGAUACCCUCAAGUCGCAUUCCACACCCUAGCCUUCCGUACCUAGGCAAUUGAUUUAUAGAUCCUUAUCUAGUCAAAGCAAGAUACAGCCAUACGCCCAUCAUGUGUGGUACUAUACAAGUUAACGCUUCCGUGCUUCACGGCGCGAAGGACCUUCGCAUAGAACAACGCACACUCUCCGCCCCCUCCGAUUCAGAAGUCCAAGUCGCCGUCUCAGCAACAGGACUAUGCGGUUCAGAUCUGCACUACUUCAACCACUUCCGCAACGGCAACAUCCAAGUUGUCCAGCCGCUCAGUCUAGGCCACGAGUCUGCAGGCACGAUCACAGCCGUCGGACCCGACGUAACAGACCUCAAAGUUGGCGACCGCGUGGCGUUAGAAGUUGGUCUGCCCUGCGAGAAGUGCGAGCUAUGCGCCGCGGGACGGUAUAAUAUCUGCAAAGCCAUGUCCUUCCGCUCAUCUGCCAAAAGCGUGCCACAUUUCCAGGGCACUCUCCAGACGCGAAUUAAUCAUCCUGCGCGCUAUUGCCACAAGUUACCUCCCUCACUAACCCUCGAGCACGGUGCGCUGAUCGAGCCCUUGUCCGUCGCCAUGCACGCUGGCAAGCGCUCGGGUAUCGCGCAGGGCUCAACGAUAGUUAUCCUCGGCGCGGGAGCCGUCGGUUUACUCUGCGGUGCCGUGGCGAAAGUCGCUGGCGCCAAGAAGAUCGUCAUCGCGGACAUUCUAGCUGAGCGCACGACGUUUGCUGUCGACAACGGCUUUGCGGAUGCUGCCUUUACGGUACCCCUGGCGAGGCCGCAGACUAUCGAGGAGAAACUUGUGUAUGCGCAGGAUGUUGCGGAGAAGAUAAAGCGUGUUAACAUUAAUGGAGAGGAGGUGGGGGAGGUCGAUGUUACAUUUGAGUGCACGGGUGUUGAGUCCUGCAUGCAUUCUGCUAUAUAUUCCACAAAACCCGGCGGCAAGGUUAUGAUCAUCGGCAUGGGCACGCCCAUCCAGACCAUCCCGAUAUCCGCCGCCGCGCUGCGCGAAGUCGAUCUCGUCGGUGUCUUCCGGUACGCCAACACAUAUCCCGCGGCCAUGAAGGUGCUCUCGGAAAAGAACGAGCGGCUGCCUGAUAUCAGCAAGCUUGUGACGCAGCGUUUUCAGGGACUGGAUAGCAUUCCUGCUGCUUUCGAGAUGGCGGGCAAGGUCAAGGAUGAGCAUGGCAAUCUUGUCCUGAAGGUAAUGGUCGAUACGGGCGAUGCACUUCAGCAAGCAGCACUAUAACGAUGGACAUUGGUGAGCGUAGCGGAGAAGUGAUGUUUGAAUUCGCAGAUAGAUGAAUAGGCUUGUAUAAGAGGGUGAUUGUACAUAAGAACAAGGGAUAUAGCCCGUUUCCUAUAUGCUCGUCAUUUUCAUUCAAAUAAUU